AUGUUUUUUUUUCUCCAACAUUUUUACCUUUUUAUUUUGGCAUUCCUGAUAAGAGUCUUUUUGGUUAUUUUUGGGCUUUGGCAAGAUAGUAAUAUGACAGUCAAGUAUACUGACAUCGAUUAUGCUGUUUUUACAGAUGCUGGCGAGUUUGUGCUAAAGAAUGAAUCUCCAUACAAGAGGUCCACUUUCAGAUACACACCAUUGCUGGCCAUCAUUAUGCAGCUCAAUCAUACUCUGAAUUAUUCUUUUGGAAAGCUUUUUUUCUGCCUUUGUGAUUUGAUGGUGGCAUUAAUUUCUUAUUUAAUCUUGAAAAAUUGUUCCAAGUCAAAUUAUAGAAAUGUCUCCUUAUAUUUGUGCACUUGGUUGUUCAAUCCUUUGUCCCUUAUCAUUUCAAGUAGAGGCAGCGCUGACUCUGUUAUUAUUGUCUUCGUUGUUUUGUUUCUUUAUUUUUUAACUAAGCCAAAACUAAAUUGUUUAGAUGUUUGUGCAUCAGGAUGUUUCUAUGGGCUUGCCAUUCAUUUAAAAAUAUAUCCAGUUAUAUAUUCAUUAUCUCUUUAUUUCUACAUUAAUUGGAGAACGGCCAACUACAAAAGCAGAACAUCUGACAUGGAAAAAAAAAGCAUUGUAUUUUUUUUUAAAUUACAAAUUGAUGUUGUAACUACUCUAUAUUUUCUAAUUAUUUGUUCAAAUUAUGGGGUGGAGUUUAUCUACGAAACGUAUUUGUAUCACAUUUUCAGAAAGGAUAUAAAACAUAAUUUUUCUCCAUAUUUCUAUCUAAUUACCAGAUGCUUUGAUAAUAUUUUGUUGACAAUAAUCAUUGCUUUUAAAUACUGCAAGGAUGUCACAUUCGCCUGUUUUUUACAGACUUGUAUUUUUGUGACGUAUAAUAAAGUUUGCACAUCCCAGUACUUUUUGUGGUUCUUGGGUUUAUUACCCAUAAUAAUGGGUAAAAUAGACAUAUCACUAAAGCAAGCUUCCAAACUAUUUUUCAUGUGGAUAACAGGGCAGGUUAUCUGGCUUACAUGGGCAUAUUUUCUAGAAUUUCAAAGCUUGAACACUUUCCUCUAUGUUUGGAUGGCAGGACUACUAUUUUUUUCCAUUAACAACUACAUCAUUUACGAAAUUAUCAUUAAUUACAGACAAAACAACAAUAAAUAUUUGUUAGUAUGA